UGUGGAGGUCUGGACGGCAGAGCCGCGGCUGCUGCGACGCUCAAGCCUCGACACUUCUCCCGCUACCGGCUCCUCGGAAACACGACAAGCGGCGCCGGGGUCGGUCCGGGUCCGGGUCCGGGUCCGCGGAGCUUUGUGUGGACGCAGCGGGAGAACCAUCUGAGGGAGAGGAGUUGGUCUUUUGACAGCUGCAGCGAGGACAAGCGCUGUCAACAUCCAGCCCGCCGCCUGGCCGAGGCCGCGCCAGCCCUCCGCUCUGCAUCCUGACUGUCUGAGCCUCGGCGUCCAGCAUGCUCAGGAGGAGCCAGGACAGGGGGAUCCCCUGCUGACACCUGCCAUCACCCACCCCACCUCCCCCUCUGACGGAAGGAGCUAGCAGUCAGUGGAGCGUCACCCCGGGGCCGACCGGUCGCCAUGGCGAGCUUGGUGCUGAACGAGACGGGGAUGGAGGACUGUGGCAUUGACGACUCCUUCAAGUACAACCUGUACUCUGUGGUCUACAGCGUGGUCUUUGUGCUGGGCCUGGUCACCAACUGUGCCGCGCUCUUUGUCUUCUGCUUCCGCAUGAAGAUCCGUAAUGAGACCACAAUGUUCAUGACAAAUCUAGCGCUCUCAGAUUUGGUGUUUGUUUUCACGCUUCCGUUUAAGGUCUUCUACAAUGUAAACCGCAACUGGCCGUUCGGGGACGGACUCUGCAAGGUGUCGGGGACGGCCUUCAUCACCAACAUCUACGGCAGCAUGCUCUUCCUCACGUGCAUCAGCGUAGACAGAUUCUUGGCGAUAGUCUAUCCUUUUCGUUCGCGUUCCGUUCGCACCCGGCGGAACGCAGCUCUGGUGUGCGCCGCCGUGUGGCUCACCAUCGUGGGAGGAGGCAUAUCGGUCACCUUCUUCUCCACCAUCAACAGCAACAGCAAAGGCAAGGCCUGCUUCGAGGGCUUCUCCAAGAGCACCUGGAAGAACUACUUGUCCAAGAUCACCAUUUUUAUCGAGAUCGUGGGCUUUCUCAUCCCGCUGCUGGCCAAUCUGGUCUGCUCCUCUUUAGUUCUGCGGACGCUGCGGCGCCCGAUAACCGUCGGCCACGGCUGCGACAGCAAGAGGCGCGUCCUCCGGAUGAUCCUGGUCCACCUGGGCAUCUUCAUCAUCUGCUUCGUGCCCUACAAUUCCAUCCUCUUCCUCUACGCGCUGGUGCGCACCCAGGCGCUGGCCAGCUGUGCGGUGGAGCGCUUCGCCCGGACCCUCUACCCCAUCACCCUGUGCCUGGCCUGCCUCAACUGCUGCCUUGACCCCGUGGUCUACUACUUCACCUCGGAGAGCUUUCAGAAGAGCCUCACCAUGGGGGCAAAAGGAUCGGGGUCCAGACCCGAGAGCAUCCCGCGGAGUGACACUGAAGUCCAGGACACUCUUCCAAGAGACACACACGCCAGCAAUGGGAAGGAGGCUAAGACGUCUGAGAGUCGGUUCUGACUCGCCGAGCGCCGCGCUGGACUGGACACAUCCAACCAUCAGCUGUUUGGACAUGGAAGCUGCAUAACUCAGGCGAUUAGUUCAGUGCCGGGGUAAGUCCCGAGGUAUGGCCUGGGCUUUAAGUAUUACGACAGAGGAAUGGAUCAAAGUUUGUUUUGGGGGAACACUGCCGUGAUUAGUGACCCCACUGUGGGAGUCCAAACCCCUCCAGCCUCACACACACACACUUCAAAAACACCGUUCCACAGAGACGCUGGGCGGAGGACGUGGAUCCUUUUCUUAGCCGCACUGUAGUCCUCGAACACAAACGCCUC